GCGCAACGCCUCCUGACUGACGACGGCAGUGCCACACAGUCACUGCAGCCAGCCCCGUGCCUUCUUACGCUGUUUGACCCAAUCCGAGCUGUUUAAGAUGUCUGCGACUGGCAGCCUGCGCAAGAAAGCCCCCAGUGGUAGAGGAAUAUUAAAACAUACCACCUCACAUUCCACCCAGACCCCGGAACAGUCACCCAUAGACUCGAUGCCUGCACAGUUACUUUCACAGAUACCCCAGACGGGUGCGCCGGCAACCAAACCAGCCAUGCAGCGGAAGCAGUCAUCGCCGAUGAUGCCUCCCUUCAUGGUGUCCUCGCCCGGCAAGGUUAUAGUCUAUGGAGAGCACGCAGUCGUGCAUGGAAAGCCUGCCAUCGCGGCCGCCAUUUCUCUCCGCUCGUACCUCCACGUAUCUUUCCUCUCCAAGUCGCACCGCACCGUCACGAUUCGCUUUCCCGACAUUGAGCUAGAACAUACCUGGAACAUUGACGAGCUGCCGUGGGAUGUCUUCAAUGCGCCUGGGAAGAAGAAGCACUACUACGACCUGGUGACGUCGCUGGAUCCUGAACUGCUCGAAGCUCUUCAACCACACCUGGACGUAGUAUCACCCAAGAUUCCCGAAUCGAUACGGAAGAUACACCACGCAUCUGCAUGUUCUUUUCUCUACCUCUUCCUCUCCCUCGCGUCGCGAAAGACACCACCAUGCGUCUACACACUCCGCUCCACAAUCCCGCUAAGAGCCGGCCUCGGAAGCAGCGCAAGUAUCUCAGUGUGCAUCAGCUCCGCGCUGCUCUUGCAAAUCCGCGCACUGAGCGGCCCACAUCAAGACCAACCUCCUCAAGAGUCUGAACUCCAGAUUGAGCGGAUAAACAGAUGGGCUUUUGUAGGCGAGAUGUGCAUACACGGCAACCCCUCCGGCAUCGACAACACGGUCGCGUCGGGUGGAAAAGCUGUGCUCUAUCAGAAGUUCAAGAACGGCCCGCCGCGCAUCGUACCCCUCCACAGCUUCCCGGAGCUCCCUCUCCUCCUCGUCAACACCCGCCAGUCCCGCAGCACCGCCGUCGAAGUCGCCAAAGUUGCGACGCUCCUCGAGAACCACCCCAUCCUCACUGAGAACAUCCUCGACGCGAUAGGCCAGAUUACUGAAUCUGCGUACAAGCUACUCACUGCACCUGACUUCGAUCCAGAAUCACACGCAUCGCUCAAAUACCUCGGUGACCUCGUCACAAUAAACCACGGCUUGCUCGUCUCGCUGGGCGUCUCACACCCGAAACUGGAGCGAAUUCGCGAGCUGAUAGACCACACCGGCAUCGGCUGGACGAAGCUCACGGGUGCAGGAGGCGGCGGGUGCGCAAUCACAAUUAUCAAGCCGCGGCCGACGUCUGCUGCUAAUGGCAACGGCAACGGCGUCCACCACGACCACUCCUCUUCCGAGUCGGACUCGGAGCCCGACUCGCCUGUCGCCGCGUCCAUCAUCUCCUCCGGCACGAAGCUCAAGCACGCCAUCCUGGACUCGCUCGAGGUCAAGCUUGAGAACGAAGGGUUCGAGAAGUUCGAGACUACUCUCGCGGGUGAUGGUGUGGGCGUGCUCUGGCCCGCUGUGCUGCACAACGGGAACGAAGAAGAGGGCGGCGAGGAGAUUGACCAAGAGAAGUUCUUGCGGGCUGAGGGUACCGAGGGCAUCGAGAGGCUGGUCGGUGUGACAAAUGGCAUAAGAAAGAAUGUGGAGAGGGAAGUCAGAGAAGGGUGGAAGUUCUGGCGGCCGUGGGAGACGAACCAAAAUUAGGCCAGCGGUUCGCAUCUUUUCCUUUCUGCCUGGCCUGUUCUUAGGAGUUUCUUUUCCUCUUUGCACCUAGGGAUAUUGCAUGUUUCGUUUCUUGCUUGCACUUGCUCAGAGUUUCGGACGCGAGUCUACAUGUUCUUGGCUGGGUUUAGAGAGGACGAAGGAAAAGGAAGGGGGUGCUCUCGGGGCAUAGAUAUCGCGGAAUGCCUUUUGUGUACUACCAGUAGCGUAAACCCUAAUGACAUGUAUCAUAAC